AUGACAAAUACUUGGAUCCAGAAAUCUACUGACUCUAGCAGCGACACCAACGGUGGCACGGUGUCCAAUCCUCCUCGAACUCCCCCACGGCCAACCAAACCACACCCAGCCCUGGUAACUCCGUCGCAUGCUAGUUCUGCCACAGAGGAGGGCAACUACGAUGCUGUCGAAGAGGUGCAGGAUAUAAUGCAUGCCGAGUUAGAAGGGACAUGGCUCGAGGAGAGCGAUGAUACUCCCCUCCAAUCCCAUCUCAGCUCUGUCUUCGAUUCAAGCAAUGCUACAAGUAUGAAUCGGCGCAUCAGGGAUUGGAUUAAAUCAUACCAUGGAUACGACGAUGAACAAGAAAGGUGGCACGAAGUCCCUUCGACCAAGGACGAGAGCCAACUUUACAAGCCACUCGUCGCAAUUUUCAACGCCAUCCUCGCGUUAGGGGGUCAAGACAUCGAGUCGGACGAGGCUGGGAAUGUUGCCAGAAUGCGCAAAGCCGUUGACACGCAUCGAGUCUAUAUGCCACACACUCGCCCGGAAGCCGGAACCAAGCUCCUCAAAUCGGAGCCUGACAUUACCAUCUUUGCUAGCGGAGGCUGUAUUACAUCCGCGAAUACUAUUCCAACCUCGCCAAAGUAUCCUUACGUUGGGGCGCUCUGGGAUGGCAAACUUGUCCCUUCACUGACGAAUCAUGUCAAAGGGCAAAUCGCGGUCUACGCUCGCGAAGUCUUCAUCCAGCAACCCAACCGCAAAUUUGUCUACGUUAAUGUUAUCACUCCAGAGGUCCUCCGAAUCGUUCGCUUUGAUCGAGCUGGCUGCUAUUACACGCGUUGCAUCGACUAUCACAAGAACCCAGUGUUUUUCGUCAAGAUUGUGCUCCUUCAGACUGCGUUUGUCGAGGAACAUAUGGGAUUCGACACCUCUGUUUACUGGGAGAAUGGGCAGCGCAAAAUGAAGUUCUUACCUGACGAACUCUAUAGCCUCCAAACAGCGAAAUGGGAGAAAAAUACCCUCGAGAUCGUUCUCGAUCUUGACGAAGCUCCUCUUUUCGUCCGGCACUCUAUUCGCUCUCGCGGCACCGUAUGUUGGGGAGCUACAUACAAGGGACGCAGAUACGUAGUCAAAGACUAUUGGCGGACUGACGGCCGAGAAACGGAAUCUCAACUCCUCAAAGAACUCACCGGUGUGCGAGGUGUUGGGCAAAUGUUCGGCUUCCAUGACGAUCGGGACUCAAUCCACAUAAGCCGAGGGCCAGGGGGCUCUACCUCUGAAAUCCCCAUCGUUGACCGAUGGUUCAUGCGCAUUGCCACUUUGGAAUAUAGGGAAACUCUCGAGCAUGCCUUGCCACAGCAACUGAUCCAGGCAAUUAUCGACAUCGCAGAAGGUCAUCGCUUCAGUCUACUCGAAAAGGGCAUUCUUCACCGUGACAUCAGCUUCGCUAAUGUCCGUCUAUCCCCGUAUCCUGGCGAAACCGCAGUUAUCAUUGAUUGGGAUAUGGCAAAACGAAUGUCACAGUUGGUUACUGUUCUCACCGACGAGUCUGGCCAGAGAGAAGCUCGUAAAGACCGAACUGGCACCCGCGCUUAUCAAUCGUUCAAAUUAUUGAAUGGCUCAAACAAUACUGGCCACCACGACAACAUGGACGACCUAGAAUCCAUGUUUUACGUUUUGGUGCUGGUCCUCUUCGGCUACAAUGCAGAAGGAAUUAUUCACGAUGUUGAUGCUCUUCCGGACUUUAUUGAGGCCUGGCUGAAUCCGCGCACCUCUGUUACAGGACUGCGCAACAGCAAAGGCGAGAUCAUUAGGAGCGAGAUCAAGUACGGAGCCACCCGAUUCGGCCCUGAGUACGGACCCCAUUUCGACGUCCUGGCGAAUGAUUUGCGGCAGUUCUUUUUACGACAAGUUCUUCUAGUCGACGCAGCGCAAAGCAGAUUCAACUACAAGCCUUUCCCUGUGUUUUCGAUCGAGGCCGCCUCGGUAGCAUAUGAUGAGUUUCUCGAAUUGGCGCGUCGCACCCUGGACCUACUUCCGCUAGAUCCUGUCGAAGUAAACCACUCUUCCAUAUCCAGCUUACCAACUCCAAAACGCCGACUUGGUGAUACUGAAGCUGAAUCUCCCAGAGCCCGAAAGAAGGGGACGCCGGUCGAGGGAGAGGAUGCACAAUCGAAAAGCAGCAAAUUAACCAAACUCUGUUUGCAGCCAUCUGCGGGGCAGGAAGAAUCUGACUGGGAGUAA